GCCCCUUCUCCCUAGAGAUUGAGUACAUCAAAAUGGUGCUGCUUAUAUAUCAGCCCAAACAUUUCCAGUAUCAACACGAUAAUACAGACUAGCAAGACGGAGUUGGUCGACAAGAAUGGCGUUAGCUCAAAAUACAAACUCUCUUGCGGACGAUAAAGUACAACAAACUAUCAAGGAACAACUCAAUAGUAUAAUAAAUCAGCUCAAAAAUACCGGGCUUGUAGUCCACGUGUUACAGAAUAAAGUAGUUAUAGCAAAAGAACCGGAAGACGAGGUUUUCACUGUAGUCGAUGGAGAAGACGCUCGUAAGUUCGUGAACAACCCAAGAUACGCUGACAAGAUAAUAUGCGUGGAUGACCAGAAAUUCUACUGUCACUCCAGCUAUCUAGUCCUGAGGAGUGAGUAUUUUAGGGCGUUGUUCCAAGGAGAUUUUAUAGAGACUCAGAUGGAUGUCGUAUCGAUUGAGCUACCAACCCCAGGAAACUUCGAACCAAUUCUCCAGUUUCUCUAUACAGGAAUUGCUGAGGAAAAGGACGCCAUUUUCCAAGAACAAGAAAUUUUUCGCGUCAUCAGUAACAGUGAUUUUCUUGGCAUCAAGGAACUAACAGCCAAAGCAGUCUCCGUUUUUGCGCACAAAUGGCGAGUUCUUUCGAAGUCCACGAUGUUCAGACGAAGCGUUAUCGAUUACACUUUUCUGGACUCCGUACUCGACUACGGUACGAAAAACGCUCUAUUCAAGAAUGGCGAGAAGUUAAAAUUAUUAGUUCUAUGGGACGAAGAAGGUGACCAGUCUUUUACGGAGACAAAUCGAUUGAUUGUAGAACACAAGUGUCUUGAAGAAGCAACGAUAUCGGACCUGGAAUGGGGAAUGAAAAUAAAUCCCGACCUUUUCUCCAAAAUCGAUUCCCUACUUUUGAAAGGGGUAUUUAACCGAGCUCUAAGUGACGCGCAACGCGUUCGAGAAGAGAAUAGGCAAAACGAGGAAAAAAUCCAACGCCUGACUCAAUGCGUUCGGUUCCUCCGAAGCCAGCUCGAUGAGGUUUCGUGUAACCGAUGUCGUGCGAGGCUGCCUCGAGCAGCUCUGAAAACCCGGACCUGUGUAAUGAUGCAGCAUUCAGGAAGCUACUUGGUCAACCAAGGAUGGACUUGCUGUGGAGAGCUGUUAAAAAGAAGUAGAGGCUGUAAGCCUGUUUCACUGUCACGACAUCGCAUUCAUAGCCAAUAAUUUUUAAAUUACACAAUCCUAGUUUUUGAAAAAAAAAAAAAAUUAUUUUGUAUAUUUUUUUGGAAGCCAUUAUAGUGAAGUGAAUCUUUUAUAUAUUUUAUAUAGAUUUUUCCCUUUUUUUAUCUCAAGAUAUGUUUUUUCUUUCCUUUUUCUUUUUUCUUCUUACUUUUCAUUUCGAUUUUGCACACUUCCAUUUGUUUUUCUAAACCUUACUCUGCUAGAGUGCUAACAGCCCCUCUUUUCCAGAUGCAGGGAGAGGGAAAGUCUGGAAAAGAGGGUCUGUUAACAGCCUAUUAUUCUGCACAUAUUUGCUGCGAAUGCUUUCACAUUUUUCUGUAAUACAAACAAAAAAGCAUAUAUAGAAGCUAGGCUUAACAGAGUUUACAAGUAAAAAGAAGAAAUCCUAAUAAUAAUAAUAAUAAUAAUAAUAAUAA